GUCAAUACAUUUUUUUAUACUUUAUUUUUUCAAGGUUGUUUUCAUAUAUGCAAUUUGCAGUUAGUAAUUACAAUAGUUUAUAAACUACUUUAUUAAGUAGAUGAGUUUAUAGACAAACGCAUAAAGUACACUAGAGAAAACAACUUCAACAUUCAAAAUUGAAAUAAAAUUAAGAAAAUAAAUAAUGAUAGAAAGAAUAGAGUUAAAAAACAACAAAACAAACAACAAAAAUAAAACAUAAAAAAAUAAUACAAAAAUACGAGAUUAAUAAUAAAUUCAACAAAGAGUCAAUAAACAUGAAUCAGAGGCUGCAGAAAAAUAAUUCUUUAAAAUUUAACAAUGUAUGUUACUCUUUUUGUUGGUCAUAAGUAAUAAUAAUAUAUACUGUAUAAUAUAUGUAUAUAUAUGUACAAAUUCAAUUCAAGUAGAACAUUUUAAUGUUUAAUGUUUAAAGACUUAUGUAUGUGAAAUUUACUAACUACUUAUUAUUUGUAAUAACUGAUGAAAUUAUAUCAUUUAAUCACAUCCUGGUCCUUCUGCUGCUGAGUGGUCACCAUGGUAACGUGGUUGAAGGUUAGCUAGCGCGCCAAUGCAACCAUGGUAACGUGGUUGAAGGAAGCUAGCUAGUACUACUUUCUUACGAUUAAAUUGAAAAUGUCUGACAUAUUGUCGUUGAAAGAGUCAGUUCUGGUCUAUUUAGACAGAAGUGGUGGCCUUCAGAAACUGGCCGAAGAUUGCAAACCAUUCAACGACCCCCAGCAGGUCGAGGCAGUCUACAGGUUCUGUAUCAGUGUGAAUCCCUCUGAUGUGAUCGAGGUGGACCCUGUGUUGGGUGACUGUGUCCUGUGUGAUCCACUUGGAGCAACAGCCUUGUUUCAGUCUGUUUGCUUCCUGGCCAUAAAGACACUUUCACUUGUUGAGAAAAUACACACAGAGAGUCAGGUGAAUGUAAUCCUGAAGUUGACACAUCUGCCUCCGUUCCCUGAGUACAUGUUGGACCUGUGUAGUUUUCCUCGUGGGUAUGGGCCCAUGAGGCCUGUCUCCAUGGAGGGCCUGGUCAUUGCCAUGACGAGGGUCACAAAAUACACCCAGGGAGCCCGGUUCCUCUGCAUCAAUGAUGACUGUCCCUGCUCUACAGGGUUUCACCACAUUCGUGUCCAUGCACCUGGAGCCACAGAGUCAGCUACUGUGAGAAACGACUUCAGCUGCAUGAUGUGCAGCUCCCCACUGAAAGAGGAUGUGAAGUUUAGAGUGUUGGGAGACAAACAGCUUGUGGAGCUGAUCCACGUCAAAGCACUGGAUGUUCUACGUGGCCAUCAGCAAAGUUCGCUCAGGUACCAGUCUGUCACCCUGUUUCUCAGAGAUGAGCUGUGUAACUCAAUGAGAAUCGGCCGACUCUACAGGGUGUUAGGCGUUCCUGCGCAUGUGCACCAGUGGCCCAGCAUUACCUGGAGUGUAGAAGCAAAUAGCCUCCAACCGUGGGAGCCAGAGUAUCCCCAUAAAGUCAGUGCCACCUUCCAGGAGCUGUUGAAGGCCACAGCCGGUUCUCGCUGGAGGUUCUCAGCCAUUGUGGCUCACUGCUUUGGGUUGGACGUGGCUCCUCCGGGCCUCUACAACACCUUAAAGCUAGGCUUGUUGCUCAGCUUGGUGCAGACAAAAGCAGAUGCAAAAGACACAUUUCACAACUUGGAUCUCUUAGUUGUCACCGCCGACACUCUCAUACUAGACAGACUAAUGACAUACAGCCUGAGCUUGGCGUGUCGCGGGGUCAGGCAUCAGGCCUCGGGGGAGAUGUUUGCAUCUCUGUCCCGGGACGGACACGGAGCAGGCACUGCUAACAUCCAUGCUGGCUCUGCCCUGCUAGCCACCGGUGGCAUUUGCAUGUUGGGAGAUCUGGGCUGUUACAAGAAGGACAGGUUGGACGCCAUUCAGUCAGUUCUGGAGAGCUGCACAGUGUCUGUGUUCAUCCCAGGGAAGAAGUAUGGUGAGGACGCUGACCAGCAGCUUUCCUUCCCAGUCCACUGCAGCUUCUGGGCCCUCACAGACUCCACGGAUGCCUCUCGGCGGUCUGGGAGGGCAGACUGUGCCAUACUGGGAACAGCAGAAAUGGGUCCCGUACCAGUUCAGCUGGCAGACGCCUUUGGCCUGGUCAUCCAGUGUAGGGAUAAGGUGGGAGAGCAGGCCCUGCUUGCCCAGACCGUCCACACCCUCCAGCAGGCAGUGCAGCCUGGAAAACCCCUCUACCCAUCCUCCUGGGAGUUUUCUACUCAAGACUACCAGGAGCUGGUAGCUCACGCACAGAGUUUGCAAGUGGAGCUCAGCCCUGGAGCAGAGAAAAUAAUCCACGGUUACUACAUGGCCAGCCGUAGAGUCCGAACACAGAGUCAGGGUGUCAAGAUCUCUGUGGCCUCUGUCAAACUACUGAUCUCUCUGGCUGAGGCCCACUGCAAAUUAUGUCUCAGGACACGAGUACUGGAAGAAGACGCUGUGAUUGCUGUGCUCCUCUGUGAAAACUCCGUCACACUCAAGCAUGGGGCCUCUGCGCUCAUUAUUCCACCUGACGCAGUGUUUCCCUGUGACCUGGGAGAUGUGGAGGGUUUGCACAGGAGAGACGAGACCCUGGAUGAGCUGCACCAGAAUAUCCUACGCUUCAUCUACGCCUACGCACCAGGAGCAGACACAUACAUCAAAGAGGAGUAAGACCUCUCUCCAGAGGUUCAGAAACACAGUGUUCGAGUCAAAUGGGCGAUAUAGGUGGUGGCCAGUAUCAACACGUCGAGUUUGGACAGCUUGGUGUCCGGCGGCACGGACGGCAAAGUCCUCUGGAGCUCCAGGAAGGCGGUUCUCAGGGUCUGCACUCGGCUCCUCUCCCGGGCCGCGUUAG